AUGGAUCGCUCUCGGCACCAUGCAGGGAAUGGCAAUGAGCAGGCAUCUUCACGAGAGCGUAGUCGUGGUGAAGAUGAGAGACAACGACAGCUGGAGCGCCUCAGCAGGGAGGAGGCCUAUUACCAGUUCAUUAAUGAACUCAAUGAAGAAGACUACAGGUUAAUGAGGGACCGCAACCUGCUUGGCACUCCUGGGGAAAUAACAGCAGAAGAGCUGCAGCAACGUUUGUCAGGGGCUAAGGAGCGUCUGGCAUCACAGAAUGAUCUGGAUAACAGAGAAGGUGAAGAUUCUGAUGUUCUUGGAGAAAACUCAAAUGGUGACUCUUUGCUUGAAUGGCUGAACACAUUUCGUCGCACAGGAAAUGCCACUCGCAGCGGACAGAGUGGGAACCAAACCUGGAGAGCUGUGAGUCGAACAAAUCCAAACAGUGGGGAGUUUCGAUUUAGUCUUGAAAUCAACAUAAAUCAUGAGCAUAACAGUUUUGAGACUGCUAGUGAGGAGUACGUGGGUAUAGAUAGUAGCAGAAUGUAUUUAGACAGAAGACAUCAAAGAGCUGUUAGUCCAGUAACCCCACGAACGAGGAGCAGAACUGCAAGAGAGGCAAACAGCGAGGCUUCAGGCACUGCAAGGACCAGGUCCGUAAGAAGUUCCGUGGCACAAAGGUCUGAUGUAGCCUCUCAGCCAGUCUCAGGGAGGCUCAGGAGUAGAACGAGGGAGUUGACGGGCCUUUCCCAAACAAAUACCACACGUAAUAAUUCUGUGGCUACUGGUGGGCAAAGAGAAAUGUCAGAAAGAGGUACUUCUACAGGAGUCACAAGAGGUAGAGCUAGAACUAAUGUUCGGAUGAGUACAAACCAAAGACUAGAAAUUCUGCGGCUGAGGUCUACUUUAAGUAGUCGAAGCCGCUCUCCACUGCAAAGGCAAGGUGACACUGCUCAUUCUGAGGAACAUGGGCAGAGGCAGGAUACAAAUGCACAGCACGUCAACAGAAGUAGAAGACAAACUGCUCAGCCUUCCCCACAGCCUGCUGAAGAACAAGCGAGAGGUAACACUCAGACUCCACAGCUUUCCAGUGUAGCCCCAUCCUUGGGAAUAACUUUGGAAGAGGAGGAAUCUAGUAGGCCAGUAGCUGCUGUUAGAAGGCAUCCAACAAUUACAUUAGAUCUUCAGGUGAGAAGAAUUCGUCCUGGAGAAAACAGAGAUCGAGACAGUAUUGCUAGUAGAACUCGUUCUAGAGUAGGAAUGGCAGAAAACACAGUUACCUUUGAAAGUGACAGCGGGGGAUUUCGGCGUACGAUAUCACGAUCAGAACGUGCAGGUAUUCGAACCUACGUUAGCACUAUACGGAUACCUCUUCGUCGGAUUUCAGAAACUGGGCUCGGUGAACCUUCAUCAGUGGCUCUUCGAUCGAUCCUUAGACAAAUUAUGACAGGCUUUGGAGAACUGAGUUCUUUAAUGGAAACCGAAUCUAAUUCGGAAGUGCAAAGAGGUGGUCAUCGCUUGCCAGAUGUACAGUCAGAGCAGAAUAACUCCAGUUCAGCAAACCAUAGCAGUGAUGCAAGUGAGGUUUCAUCUAGAAAUGGGCAUGCAGUAGAAGGCAGCAGGGAAACAAAUGGACAGAGUGAUGAUAUUCAACGCUUUGGUCGCAAUACUGAAACCCAGGAUAACAGGCAGUCUCAAGAUGCGAACAACCUAGUGGAAAAUGGAACGCUGCCCAUACUUCGACUUGCCCACUUCUUCUUGCUGAAUGAAGAUGACGACGACGAUCGGCUACGAGGUUUAACCAAAGAGCAGAUAGACAAUCUUUCUACACGGAACUAUGGGGAUAUUCACACUGAAAACGAAAUAAGUAAAACGUGUAGUGUUUGCAUUAAUGAAUAUGUAACAGGGAAUAAGCUAAGGCAGUUACCUUGUAUGCAUGAGUUUCAUAUUCACUGUAUCGAUCGCUGGCUUUCUGAAAACUCCACUUGCCCAAUUUGUCGGCAGCCUGUAUUGGGGUCCAAUGCCACAGACAAUGGCUAG